CAACACAGCGUUGAGCGGCUGUGACGUGGGACCGCUGAUGACUGGUCUUAGUUGUAGUGACUAGCUUUCUGUUCUGUUUGUACGCGACGUAUUGCGUUUAUAUUUUGUUUUCCUCGGUAAUGCUGGUGAUACUCCUUACCGCACAAUUAAGUGCCAGAUAACCAUUUUCUUGAUUUUUAGGAGAAGCCAGAUUUUUGUCCCAGAAAGACCGGUAAGGCAGAGCAAAGGUGAAGAACCGCUAAAUUAGCAGGAAGGAUUAGAACAAGUCUAGGGUGGUGUAAAAUGAAGCUGUACAGCCUCAGUGUUCACUACAAAGGAGCUUCUAAAGUCAACCUCCUCAAAGCUGCAUAUGAUCUUUCUUCAUUUAGCUUCUUUCAGCGGUCCAGUGUGCAGGAGUUCAUGACUUUCACCAGUAGCCUUAUUGUGGAGCGCUCCCAAAAAGGAAGUAGAGCUUCAGUGAAAGAACAAGAGUAUCUGUGUCAUGUUUAUGUACGCAAUGACUCUUUGAGCGGCGUUGUAAUAGCAGACAGUGAGUAUCCAUCCAGGGUCUGCUUCACACUACUUGAUAAGGUAUUAGAUGAAUUCUCCAAGCAAGUUGACAGCAUAGACUGGCCAUCUGGCUCUUCAGAAACCAUUAAAUAUACAGCUUUAGACAGCUACCUUGCUAAAUAUCAGAAUCCUCGAGAGGCUGAUGCAAUGACUAAAGUGCAGGCUGAGCUGGAUGAAACUAAAAUCAUUUUGCACAACACAAUGGAAUCCUUAUUGGAACGAGGAGAAAAGCUUGAUGACUUAGUAUCAAAAUCAGAACAUUUAGGAACACAAUCAAAAGCCUUUUACAAAACUGCUCGGAAGCAGAACUCUUGCUGUGAGAUUAUGUGAGAUUCUUCAAUAAACCGCUAACCUGAUCACUAACUACAAAGCCUUCAUUAACAUUUGUAAACCAGCUUCAAGAUUUCAGGACACCAGAGCAAUCUCUAAAUAAGCCUUGUUUGUCAUGGAAGAAAAAUCAUCAGGGCAGGGUGGGAUAAGAGAAUUCACAUUUUUAUUUUUAUUUGACAAGAUUUUCAACUGCUUUAAAGGCAAGGGUCAGAAAUAACAUAAAUUGAAGAAUACUUUUUUUAUUAUGCAUUUUAGGACAAAAAACUGGAUUUGUAAAUGGGCUGAUUUGUCAGAAUGUCUUUAAUUACUAAGACUUUCCUCAUGGUGCUGUAUAUGGAGUAUUUUCCUUUGGAACAAGCUGCUUGUCUCCAAAAUUUGUCAAGAAAGCUUGGCUGUUUGUGAAACAGCCUAACACUGAAUAGCACAAACAUACCAAUAGGCAUUUAACAUGAAGCAUUACUUAUUUAAAUUUCUUUGAUUUUUAAAUGCCAUUUUUGCAUAUGUGUCUCUUUAAACUUAUUGCUCAUAUUAUAUUAAACUCUCCGGCCUUUGUAUCAAAGCUGUUAUGUUCUACAAAUGGGAACUGUGCAGACUCUCACUUGUUUAGCUUUGUAAACUUUGAAUUGAUGUUUUCAGAUGUGCCCCCUUUAAAAUGAAGUUACAUAUUAUUAUAUAUUAAUCCCUCACACAUGAGACCGUUACCAACAAUAACAGUAUGUAGUGGUGCAAAUGUUAUAUAGUUUUAAGUAAUCCAAUGCUGACAGAUAAUGCUUAAGUUGUCUGCCUAUAUUGCAGUUAUUAUGAGCAAUGCACCACUUAAUGAUUUUUUGUUUCAAACUAUAUGUGUAAAAAAAAAAAGGAAACUUACUUUUUAAUCUUUCAUUUGCAAAAUGGCAUUAUUGCCAUUGGGUUAUUCCCCAUCAUCUAGACAAAAUAACAAAGUGUUAUCAUAAAUAUCAGCCUUAUUUUAUGUGCACUUUGGUCCUUUAACUGUACAUUUUAUUUGGUUUUCAUGUAAAUAACAGACCAUUAUUUUAUGCCUAAGUAUUAAAUGUCAACCUAAGCAUUAUAACAGAGCUGAAUGAGGAUUUUUUUUUCUUUUUGACAUGUGCAAUUGCUUUCUGAUGGUUGAUAAUCACAACAUGGUUUUGUGCUGUGUAGAGUUAACUCAUGUCCUUUUUUUUCUUGACAUGUUUUUUACAGUGAGCUCCAAGAAUUCAGGAUUGCGUUUCUUGGCAAUAAGCCUUUUUCUUAGUGUUGUGCCUUUGCAGUUGAUAAAGCAGAUUUACAGUAGACUACAGUUUUCUGUUCCAUUAUAUUUGGAAAAAUACUCAAAUGUCUACAGUAAAAUAAAUUUUUGUGCCUUCAUAAAAUGGCAAGGUGCAUGCAUAUGUCAAAAUUCUCAACAAGUAAAAAAAAUGCAAAAUGUUAAAACUUUAUUGCAUUUGUCACAUUUAAUAGUAAACAAAAACUGUGAUAAAGUAAACAAAGUGUGAUCAGUCAAUGAAAACUGCCUCACUUUCACUGUCAUUGUCCUGUGAUUGAGGCAUUUUGUGUGAAUAGAGAGAGAUGUAUAUAUGAAUGGAUUGGGAGACAAACUAAUAUUUUAUAUGCACAUAAUUGAAUAUAAACUAAAAUCCAUUGUUUUGAAUGUUAUUUCUUGUUGGCGCAAACUGGUUAGAAGCAAGGUUUGUUUCUACCAGGUAUUUUAUAUUGACCAAAAUGCCAUCCUAAAGGUUUCCAUGGGUUUUUGAAAUCUUUUUAUUUAACAGCUGCAAUUCUCUUGUAGGAUACUAGAUGUCACUGCUUACUAAGAAUCUUAGAUUGCUUGUAAUGCAGGAAAACCAAACAGUAAACUUUGAACUUUAUGUGGAAGAAAAAAAAUGUAAACUAUUUAAGUAAGUGAUUUAUUUUUAUUUAAGAUCUUAAUAAUUUGUUAUUAAAAAAUAAGCAAUUUUAAUAAUUUUUUCUGAAAAAGCCCCCUGUUUAAUUUAUAUAUGAGAAUAAGCAAGUUUUGUCGCACCAUGUCUCAUUUUCUGCAUUAAAACAGUUUCUUAACAUGAAAACAAUCUCUCAUUUGACAACACCAGUAUAUAGUAUUGUUUAAGAAGGUAGUGUUUUUGUCAAGUUAUAACAUUAUAUUGCAAAAAAUAUUAGGUAUUAUUUUUCAAUGCCCUCCUUAAUAGUAUUAUAUUAAAACACAUACAGACAAUAUAGUUAAUUUUCCCUAAUCGCAAAUUAUUUUAUUGGCUAAGAAUGAAAGUUAUGAAAAGCACAAGACAAAUUUAAACUGAAUGAAAUAGGUUAAGCUUAAAGAUAUUCUUUGCAUACCUUAUAGUGUACCAGUAAUAUUUGCUGCUUUUUUUGCUGGUGAAGGUUAAAAGUAUGCAAUUGGAAUGAUAUAUUUCAAAAUGUUAGUUCAGAAUACUUAUACUAAAAAUGUGUUCUCUCAAAUCAGUCCCAUUGUCAGGUUCCACUAAGAUUGAAGUCAUAAAAUGCUUUUUAUCUUUAUCAAUUUUGUUUUGGGCAUCUGGGGUUUGUGGGGGACUGGGGUAGCACACCUACACAAAGUCAAAGUCUUUUUUGGCCUCUUAGUAACUGAGGGGAGUACAUGCACAUUUCACUUCAUAACAAUGUAGACUCUGCUGGUGGGUUCAUUUGGAUGUAUUUUGCUAGCUCAGUCUCUGUUGUAUAGUCCUGCACAUUAUGAAGGUAUUCUCUAAUUCUGCUGUUCGUGGUGUUCAGUGAUGUAUGUGUGUGUGCGUGAGCGCGCGCAUAUUAAUCUGUGUUUGUGUGCAUGUGUGUGAAUGUGCAUACUAAUGCACUGUUACAACAAAGGUUCAGAACUCUGCUAAUAGUGUCCUGCAAUCUUACUGUAUAUGUGCUGUGUGCAAUAUUCUUUUUCCUGUCAGGUGUUGGCUUUAAAAUCUCUAUCUCCAGAGGCUUUAUUUGUAUCACAUUUACUACACAUGCACUAGUAAUUUAUACAUAAAAUUAAAAGAAACUGAACACUUUUCCAUGUAACCUUUUAGUGUGUUUUGGUAUUAUGUAUUUUAAGUCUAAUGGAAUUCACUGCAAAUGUUUCAGUGAACUAAUUGGAAAUGUUACAUUGGCCUUAAUAUGCUUUGUAAAUGAAGGGGUUAAAAAUGGCACUCUUCUUCCGGAGGCCCAAUAAAAGGUUUAGACCAAUGUUUUGUAGCAUUUUUGAACAUGUUGCUCAGUUGAUGAUAGGUGUGUUUCAGUUUUCAUGUCCUUUCCCUGUCUUAAGAAGAUGGGAUCAAUGUGUAUAACUCAUUUGUUUUUGAAAGACAUGUAGAAGUUAUGAAUUUCAUUUUUGCUGAUUUAUAAGGAAGUAACUUACUUUACAUUGAUUUACCUUUUGUCAGUCAAGAUUUUUUUUCCAAAACACCAGGUGUGUUUUUGGUCAAUAACUGAAAGUUCCUUUGCAUUCAUUCUUUUUUCAUUAUCUCUCUCCCAUAAGGAAAAAGGAGCUUAUAAACCUAUGUUCAUGAAAAAAUUACCUUUGCAAUAUAGCAUUCAUUUAUCUGCCAAUUUAAAAUCUAUCUGAAACGGAUGUAUGCAUUUGUUAGCUUUUCAGUUAACUUUUAAUCAAGACGUAUUGUCAAACAGGUUGAUUAUUCUUCCUUCUGUUUUAUAUGUCCAUAUUUAAUUUUCAAGGUAGUUGCAGAGGCGCUGAGGCCUUUGUUGGCAUCAGUAGGCAACAUACAAGAAUUUUCACAAAUUAAUGCUACUUCAUUGCACUGUGACAAACAACAUACCUGUGUUCAGUAUGUGCCAUAACAGACUUUUCAAGGAACAAGCAGUACUUGCUUACUGACAGCUCAGUUUACUGUUUAGGUACAUUUAUUCUAGUAGACUUGAUUGCAAGACCAAAAAUUGUAUAAUGACACUAUCCAAAUUAUUGACAGAUCUUGAGAGGUUUAACAAAAUCAGAUUAUGUUGUCUUUGCAUAAAAUUAGUAUGCCCAAACAGGGUUUUCCUAGUGUUGUCAUGUUAACGCUAACAGUUGGUGUUGAGUUUUAAAAAAAUAUAUAUAUACAUAUCAGUCUGUACUUUAAAAACACCUUUUCUAUGUGUCUUAUUUUAUGUCUUUUUCUAUAAUCAAGACAAUUUUUAAAUGUGCUUAUUAUAGAUAAUUUAUUUUUGUCAUUUUCUAAAAUGAAUAUGCUUUGCAGACAGUUACUAAACCAGAAUCCUGUCAGUAAAAAAAAAGGCUUUAUUUUAAUAAAUAUUGCAUAUCGUUGUCUUCUUGUUAACUGUAUUGUAAUCGUGCUUUCUUUCAUGUGUAUAAAGUUUUUUUGUGGAAAUUGUGUCUAUAUGUUACUUUUAAUUUUUGUAAUAUGUUUUUGAUUUUUAAAAUUAUAUUCUGCUUAUUUUUGUGAAUAGAUGUACUUUGAAAGUUUGAACAAGAAAUAGUUCCUGACACAUUUUCAC